AUGCUAUCCCUGGGCGCCCUCCGCAAGCUCUGCGCCGCCUUCGACGCCGUCGCGCUCACCGUCAUCGCCGCCGGCCUCUCCCACCCGCGUUGCCGCCCCUUCUCCUCCCGCGCGCCCUCCCCGCCGCCGGACUUCCCCACCAUUGCCGCCUGCCGCGCCGCGGUCGCCGCCUCCAACACCCGCCGCCAGCCCUCCUCCCCGCCCCACGCCGCCACAGACUCCGACACGCCGGUGCUGGUCAGGAUCAAGCGCGAGCGGGACCCGGUGCGCCUGUACGAGCUGUUCACCGCCAAUGCGGACAACCGCGUGCUGGUGGAGAACCGGUUCGCGUUCGAGGACGCGGUGGGGCGGCUGGCAGGUGCUCGACGUAACGACCUCGUCGAGAACAUCCUCGAGCAGCACAGGGCGCUGCCGCAGGGGCGGCGGGAGGGGUUCGUGGUCAGGGUCAUCGGCCUCUACGGGAAGGCCCGGAUGCCCGAGCACGCGCUGCGGACGUUCCGGGAGAUGGAGCUGCACGGGUGCCCGCGCACCGCCAAGUCGCUCAACGCCACCAUGAGGGUGCUGGCGCAGUCGCGGCGCUUCGACGACGUCCUGCAGCUGCUGGACGAGGCCUCGCCCAGGUACGGGGUCGCCCUGGACGCCGUCUCGUACAACACCGUGGUCAAGAUGGCGUGCGACAUGGGGGAGCUGCGCGCGGCGUACCGGGUCAUGCAGGAGAUGGAGGAGAAGGAAGGGGUGCGGCCCGACGCCGUCACGUACACCACGCUCAUGGCCGCGUUCUAUAAGAGCGGCCAGCGCGAGGUCGGGGACGGCCUGUGGAACCUCAUGCGGCUGAGGGGCUGCAUGCCCACGCUCGCCAGUUACAAUGUCAGGAUCCAGUUCCUCAUCAACAGGAGACGGGGAUGGCAGGCGAAUGACCUGGUGCGGAAAAUGUACGCAGCGGGGAUAGGGCCGGAUGAGAUCACGUACAACUUGGUUAUCAAGGGGUUCUUUCUGAUGGGCGAGCAUGAGAUGGCGCAGACGGUCUUUGGUGCCAUGCAUGGGAGGGGAUGCAAGCCGAACGAUAGGGUUUACCAGACGAUGGUGCAUUACCUGUGUAAGCGGAGGGACUUCAAUCUGGCGUUCAGGUUGUGUAAGGACAGCAUGGAGAAGAACUGGUUUCCCAGUGUUGAUACCAUUCACCAUCUGCUGCAAGGCCUCAUGAAAAUUAGAAAGGACAGGAAUGCGCGAGAGAUAUUGAAGCUCGUUACGGAGAGACAACCUUCCUACUCAGCUGAUGAAGUGAAGGCCUUCCAAGACAUAUUGUCUCAUGGGAAGACUGGAAGAAGUUGACCGCUGGAUGGGAAGUUUUGCUGUAAAUCCGCCACAUGUAACUUAUUUCAGGUUAUAUUUGAGCAAAUCUGAGAAGUUGACUGCUGGAUGGAAAGUUUUGAUGUAAAUCCACCACAUGUAAAACUGUAAGGCUGUUGUUGACAUUAUCUCAAUGAUUUUGUUUUUGCGGACAAAUUAGAAUAAUAGGUUGAAAGGGUUUUCAGUGCUUAAGUUAAUUCUUUUUCAGGAGACCUCAGAUAGCAUUUACUCAGCUGCUUAACUUAUGUAUAUCACAGGAGAAUCUUUACCUCCAAUGGAAAAUCAUGACCACUCUUAAGAACAAUUUGGGCUAUAUUCCGUCAUAGGCUGGUGCUUCCAAAUUUCAAUGCAGACUAAUAAAAGAGAUUGAAAAGGUUUUCAGUACUUGAAUUAUUCUUUGAGAGACCUCAGAUAGCAUUUACUCAGCUGCUUAACUUGCGUAAAUCACAGGAGAACCUUCACAUAUAAUGGAAAAUCAUGAUCACUCUAAGAAGAA